AACCAACUAUUUAAAAUGGGCAUCAAGAUUCUCCAGCAGUCUAAAAGACAAAAACAAAAAGCCGAAGCCUACAUACUCUUUGCCAAAGCAGCUGACAUGGGGAACUUGAAAGCGAUGGAGAAAAUGGCUGAUGCCUUGCUAUUUGGAAAUUUUGGCAUGCAAAACGUAACAGCAGCUAUCCAAUUAUAUGAGUCCUUGGCUAAAGAAGGAUCAUGUAAAGCCCAAAAUGCAUUAGGAUUUUUGUCUUCUUAUGGAAUAGGAAUGGAACAUAAUCAAGCCAAGGCACUGAUAUAUUAUACCUUUGGAAGUGCUGGAGGAAGCAUGAUGUCCCAGAUGAUUUUGGGGUACAGAUACUUGUCAGGAAUCAAUGUUCUACAGAAUUGUGAAGUUGCCCUAAAUCAUUACAAGAAAGUGGCUGAUUAUAUUGCUGACAAAUUGGAAAAAAGUGAAGGUAUUCCGGUGGAAAAAGUGAGACUAACCGAGAGACCUGAAAAUCUAAGUUCUAACAGUGAGAUCCUGGAUUGGGACGUAUACCAAUACUAUAAAUUUUUGGCAGAAAGAGGAGAUGUUCAAAUACAAGUAUCUCUUGGACAAUUGCAUCUAAUUGGGAGGAAAGGUCUAGAUCAGGAUUACGCUAAAGCAUUGUACUACUUCUUAAAGGCAGCAAAGGCCGGGAGUGCAAAUGCCAUGGCAUUUAUUGGAAAGAUGUAUUUAGAGGGUAAUGAUGCAGCACCACAAAAUAACAUUACUGCUUUCAAAUACUUUUCCAUGGCAGCCAAUAAGGGCAACGCAAUUGGUCUUCAUGGGCUCGGUCUUCUUUAUUUUCAUGGGAAAGGAGUUCCUGUGAAUUAUGCUGAAGCACUUAAAUACUUUCAGAAAGCUGCAGAGAAAGGAUGGCCGAACGCACAGUUUCAGUUAGGCUUCAUGUACUACUCUGGCUCUGGAGUAUGGAAGGAUUAUAAACUUGCCUUCAAAUAUUUUUACUUGGCAUCUCAGAGUGGGCAGCCCCUCGCCAUUUAUUAUCUGGCUGAGAUGUACGCAACAGGAACAGGAGUGUUAAGAUCAUGCAGAACUGCUGUGGAGCUUUAUAAAGGUGUUUGUGAACUAGGCCACUGGGCUGAGAAAUUCCUGACAGCAUACUUUGCCUAUAAGGAUGGUGAUAUAGAUUCUUCUCUUGUUCAGUAUGCACUGCUUGCAGAAAUGGGGUAUGAAGUAGCUCAAAGCAAUUCAGCAUUCAUUUUGGAAUCGAAAAAGGCUAAAAUUAUUGAAAAAGAGAAGAUGUAUCCAAUGGCAUUUCUCCUAUGGAAUCGAGCUGCCAUUCAAGGCAAUGCAUUCGCUAGGAUAAAAAUUGGAGAUUACUAUUACUAUGGCUAUGGGACUAAAAAAGACUAUCAAACAGCAGCCACACAUUACAGCAUUGCAGCGGACAAACACCACAGCGCACAAGCCAUGUUCAAUCUGGCCUAUAUGUAUGAACAUGGAUUAGGUAUCGCAAAGGACAUUCACACGGCCAGGAGGUUAUAUGAUAUGGCUGCUCAAACAAGUCCCGAUGCUCACAUACCUGUGUUACUCGCCCUCAUGAAACUGGAAACGGUGCAUUGCUCCAAGAUACCCUGUUUCAGUUAUAUAAUGCGAUGGAAAUGGAUAAAAUUGGACAACACCCUUGGACCAUACUGGGAUUUAUUUGGGAUUGGCCUAAUUCUGGCGGCGCUGAUCUUCUUGCUUAGAAAUCGUUACGGGUAAGAUCUGGAUCAUAGGAAAACCUGCUCGUGAGAACCAGUUUACUCCAAGGUAUCCUUGCCAAAUAAAGAAUUCCUCAUCAAAAUCAAGAGUCUGCUGCAGAUUUUCCACACCAGGGCUGUGGUGGAAAAUGGACAAAGCUUGGGACUUAGCCGCUGAGAAACCAUUUCAGUCUUCCUGGUUAGUUGAGGUGGCCACUCGAGGGGGUGUUCACCUAACACUUCAUCACAAACUUGUCAUCUUGGUGAUCUAAUUCUGAGUUUGGUAUAAAGACCACCCAUUUUCAUGUUGUUAUAAAAACCUUUCAAGAGGACAAAAUGGGUGUCUUGGCUCCUACAGACACACUGAAGUAGGGAGGAGGGGAGCUCAAGGAGGGCAGGAGCAGAUCCCUCAGAAUCUGAUAAAGACAAAAACUACAAAUAGAUCCUUCAUCUUGUGGGAAUGAUCCUGUGAACCACAUCAUAAACCCAGUGAGCAAAAGCUCCUGUGGCAUGCUGUGCUAGAGGACUGACGUGGACUCCUCACCGAGGCGCCUUCUAGCAGAGCUCCGUUAGCAACUAUGUACCAUACAACGUCAUUUGGGGUCUGUCCACAACCCUUUCUUCAUCCCUCUCUGGAAUCCUGUUGUAUCUGGGGAAUCCCCUGUGCAGUACCCAUAGAGGGGGAUGGUACCAGCCUCCUGGAACAGAAGCUAAAGUGUCCAGUUCUCUCUCCACCCUGACAGGCAAAGCAGGGUCUCAAGACUGGGGGAAGGGUAGGUGAGGAGAGUUCA